CGGCUUCCGGAACAUACAAGGGACAACAUGGACGGGACAGAACCUAGGAAGCUUCCGCGAGUGCCAGAAAAUCUUCUGAAGAAACGAAAGAAGUAUCAAGGACUGAAGGCAGCAGAAGCCAAAAGAGCCUUAGAAGAAAAAAGGAAGCUUCAGCCUGGGAAGCAAAUAAAGUUCAAACGUCUGGAAACCUUUGUCCGGAACUCGAGAAGAAAAAUGAGAGAUGACUGCAGAUCGCGGAGGAUGGAGGUGUAUCGGAAGAAAGUUCCAAACUUGAUAAAACAUAAACUUGCGUUUGUUGUGCGAAUUACAGACAUUGAAGGGGUGAGCUCACAAGUGAUGCACAUUGUGAAGAUGUUCCGCCUAGGUAAAAUUUUUGCUGGUGUGUUUAUAAAGCUAACGUCAGAAGCUAUAAAGAAGCUGCAGUUUAUUGAGCCAUACGUUGCAUGGGGUUUUCCAAACCUGAAGUCUGUGCGUGAGCUCAUCAUGAAACGUGGUCAAGGGAAAGUAGAUGGCAAAAAGGUUGCCCUUACCGACAAUAUUAUGAUAGAGGAGCAGCUAGGAAAGUUUGGGAUCAUCUGCUUGGAAGAUGUGAUUCAUGAACUGUACUCUGUUGGAGAACACUUUAUAGACGUCAAUAGGUUCCUAUGCCCCUUCCACCUGUCUAUUGCAAGGCAUGCAGGCAUUAAUAGGAAGGGCUAUCUGACUGAGGUGGGCGAUCCUGGACAUAGAGGAGAUGCCAUUAACGAUCUUAUCCGAAAGCUUAAUUAAAGGUUCAUGUUCUGACGGGAGGCUUUUCAGAAGGACGGCACAACUUAUGGACAAUUCUUGCCUUUAAUAACGUGAUUUCAAAGCUAGA